GGCAUAACUUUCUCUCUCCUACACUCCAGAGUAUCUCAACAAUACAGGUGAGCAUUUUUAAAAGCUAGCUAGUAUUUAAUUGUCAACUACAGCUGACUUAUCUAGGAAGACCGCCUCGCAUAUCGUCCUUGGAUAGAUUUUUAUCUUUAACGUGAGUUUAUAAGAUGGCUUUGUAUAAUACAAUCCUGAUCGCAGUAUCUGGUAUUCUUAUAGGAUUUUUUUUUCUACCAGUUAAAAAAGAUGUAGUCCUCGAUGUAAAGUUAAAUACAACGUACGACUAUAUUAUUGUUGGUGCUGGUUCAUCUGGAGCAGUGAUAGCAAAUAGACUUUCGGAGGAUCCGGAAAUAUUGGUGUUAUUGGUAGAAGCAGGAGGUUCCGAAUAUGGUAAUGAAGAUAUCAGUACACCUAUUAAAGCUGCAGCCGUAGAAAACACGAAGGAUGAUUGGGCUUUUUAUACUGUUUCACAGAAAUACUCACAUAAAAUGAAGCAAGACCAGAAAAGUUUUUGGCCCAGAGGUAAAGUCCUUGGAGGAUCUAGCAGUAUAAACUAUCUCGCUUACGUCAGAGGAAGUAGAUAUGAUUAUGACAACUGGGAAAACGAAGGGUGUACAGGAUGGAGCUAUAAAGAUGUCCUACCAUUCUACUUAAAGAUUGAGGAUAUUCAGGCUCCUCGAUUGUAUGAUUCAGAUUAUCAUUCAAGAGGAGGCUACUUAGGUGUUAGUGAAGUAAGAAAUACGCCACUUCCAGAAAUUUAUAAACAAGCUGCGCAUGAAAUCGGUAUAGAACAUGUUGACUUGAAUGGAGAAAAUCAAUUAGGUUUUUCAUACAUGCAGUCGUCGAUGAAGAAUGGUGAACGUUCCAAUACAGCAAAAGCUUACUUAAGACCUGUUAUCAAUAGAUCUAACUUACACAUAAGUAUCAAUACAUUUGUAACAAAGGUAUUACUUGACGGUAAAAAGGCUAUCGGUGUAGAGGUUAUUAAAGACAACAGAAAACUGAAUCUUUAUGCGAAUAAAGAAGUUAUCCUAUCUGCCGGAGCCAUCAACAGUCCUGUUGUUUUAAUGUUAUCUGGAAUUGGUCCGAAAAACCAUCUCACAAAAUUAAAGAUUCCUGUUGUUGCUGAUUUACCAGUUGGUGAAAAUCUUCAGGAUCACUAUCAAAUUUUCAUGAAAUUUUUAAUAAACAAACCUUACAGUCCUGGCUCUGAUGCAACAGCCUCGUUGUGGAAUAACCUACUGUAUCAUUUAUUAGGAAAAGGUGUUAUGACCUCAAGUGGUUUGGAAGGGCAUAUUUUCGGUAGGAUGAAAGACAGAAACAAGAAAGAACCGCUGUAUCCAGAUUAUCAGCUUGAGUUUUUCAGCAAUGCACAAGAUGAUGGAUUUAUAGAUAAUGGUCUUCCACUGAAUCACAAUAAGUCCGUAAUAGAACUUUUACAACAAAGAUCCAGUUCUAUGGAGUUUACAGUGGUUGUCAUUCAACAGCAUCCGAAAUGUUCAGGUUAUGUACGACUUCAGAGUACUGAUCCAUUCGAUUACCCCGAGAUUGACCCAAAUUAUCUAUGCGAAUAUGAUGACGUAAAAACUCUUCUAUCUGGUAUUAGAAUAAUUCGUAAAUUGGAAAAGACCAAAGCUUUUAAAGAAAUAGGUGCAACUCAUAAUAGAAUGGAUUUUAAGGGUAUCUGUGACACAGAAGAGUUUGACUCCGAUGAGUACUGGGAAUGUAUUAUACGACACUGGGGUAUGACAGGAUACCACCCGGCAUCAACAUGUCGCAUGGGUUCGGAGACAGACCCUACUUCUGUUGUGGAUCCAAAACUAAGGGUUAAAGGCAUAUCAGGAUUACGUGUUGCUGAUGCUUCUGUGAUGAGACAUUUAACAUCAGGAAAUACAAAUGCCCCGUGUAUAAUGAUUGGCGAGAAAGCUGCAGAUCUAAUUAGAGGCAAAGAUACUGUCAAGGCAUUCAGGGAUAAGAUUGAACAUUUGAAAUUAUAAACAUGAUAAUGCAAACUGUUUUUAAAUAACAUUAUGCUAAUGCAGUGUUAACUGAAAUGCAUUCCAAGUAUGGACAUUAGGAUGUCAAACAAUGCCAUAGAAGUUUUCGGUAGUCACAGUUGUACAACUUCUGCAUGUGAUUAUAUUUCUUUGAUGAAUCAUAAUGUUAAAUACGUAUACUUUUCAUUUUAUAUAUAAAGAAAUAUCAAAAGGUAUUGAUAAUGCAUUUUCAAAUUUACAAUGAUAUAUGUCUUCAAUAUUUGAUUCGUCAGGUAUGUUUGUUUUUGCAUUUUCUGCUUUCAAA